ACUACUACCUUCACGGCUUCGCCAACAGUCCGAAGCAGGUUUAUUAAUGGCUCACAACUGCUCUCAUGGACACCAUAAAUGCCUCUCAACCAACGUCAAAUGAACUCCCCCUAUAACUCCCCAUAAGUCUUGUUUGGUAACUCCACUAGUGACUUUAGUCUUGUGUAUCUUAUCUUCACCCUUCAUCCAUGGCCUGUCAAAUAGAGAAGAAGGAAGAAACCAUGAAGGUGAAAUUCACAGGCAAGACCCGUGUGAAGCCCAAUAAGAAAUUGGGAAGAAGAGAAUGCCAAUUGGUGACCUUCGAUCUUCCAUAUCUGGCCUUUUACUACAAUCAGAAGUUUUUGUUGUACAAAGGCAGCAGUGAUCACGACUUUGAAGACAUGGUGGGGAAACUGAAAGAUGGGCUUGCGCUAGUUUUGGAAGAUUUCCAUCAAAUGGCUGGGAAGCUUGGAAAAGAUGAAGAUGGAGUGUUCAGGGUUGAGUAUGACGAUGACAUGGAAGGCGUGGAGGUGGUAGAGGCCAUUGCUAACGGGAUCAGUGUGGAUGAUCUUACGACUGAGCAAGGCACCACCACUCUGAAGGACUUGAUCCCCUACAAUGGCAUCCUGAAUUUGGAAGGCCUUCACAGGCCUUUGUUGUCAGUGCAGCUAACCAAGCUAAAAGACGGACUGGCAAUGGGGUGCGCGUUUAACCACGCUAUCUUAGAUGGGACUUCCACGUGGCACUUCAUGAAUUCAUGGGCCCAGAUCUGCAAUGGGUCCUCUUCAGUCUCGGUCCCACCCUUCUUUGAACGCACCAAAGCACGCAACACUCGCGUCAAGCUCGACCUCUCCCUGCCACCGGACCCACUCAGUGCAUGCAAUGAAGAUGCCAAGUCCGCACCUCAACUCAUAGAGAAGGUCUUCAAAUUCUCCGAAGCUGCUAUCGACAAAAUUAAGUCAAAAGCUAACGCAAACCCUCCAUCCGACGGUUCAAAGCCAUUCUCCACCUUUCAAUCACUCGCAGCCCAUAUUUGGCGUCAAGUAUGCCAUGCGCGUGAACUCAAACCCGAACACUACACAGUGUUCACCGUCUUUGCCGAUUGCAGGAAAAGGGUCGACCCGCCGAUGCCAGAUAGUUACUUCGGUAACCUAAUCCAGGCCAUAUUCACGGCAACAGCAGUAGGAUUAUUAACGAUGAACCCACCGGAUUUCGGGGCGUCUGUGAUUCAAAAGGCUAUUGAAGCCCACAACGCGAAAGCCAUCGACGAGCGCAACAAAGAAUGGGAGAGUGCACCGAAGAUAUUCCAAUUUAAGGAUGCUGGGGUGAACUGCGUGGCCGUGGGAAGCUCGCCUAGGUUUCAGGUAUAUGAGGUGGAUUUCGGGUGGGGCAAACCAGAAAGCGUUAGGAGUGGAUCCAACAAUAGAUUUGAUGGGAUGGUGUAUUUGUAUCAAGGAAAGAGUGGAGGAAGAAGCAUUGAUGUGGAGAUCACUUUGGAAGCUGGAGCCAUGGAGAGGUUGGAGAAGGAUAAGGAAUUCCUUGUGGAGGUUUAGAAGAGCUUUUAGCAUAUGCUUGAAUGGAUCUUGGAUAACAUUGAUAUAUUUAGAUUGUCUCUUUGACUGUACAUAUCAUGUUAUCCAAGAAGCGAAGGACGAGUUUUCAUUUCAUAGUUUGUGUUUAAUUGAUGCCGCUUCGUUGUGGGAUUUGUUUGCUGUUAUGUUGAUGGUUAUUAUUAGUACGUACCCAUGUAAGGAGAUCUUCAAGUUGGCUGCUGCUUCAUUAAUAAUUAAAUAUAUAGCAGCUUUUGAAUA